AUGAGCAAAUCCGUCAAGGCAACUUUUUCGGAGCACAUCAAAAUCAAGAUACGUUGGCCUUCGUCUUCAACGCCAUCAUCACCAUCUAGACACCAAACCAGAACAAAUAGUGCUAGAAAAAUGAGUGACCGCAAAGCCGUCAUCAAGAAUGCCGACAUGGGCGAAGAGAUGCAGCAGGACGCAGUCGACUGUGCAACGCAGGCACUGGAAAAGUACAACAUAGAGAAGGAUAUCGCUGCCUACAUAAAGAAAGAAUUCGACAAAAAAUACAACCCCACCUGGCAUUGCAUCGUAGGCCGAAACUUUGGAUCGUACGUGACACACGAAACGCGCCACUUCAUAUACUUCUAUCUUGGACAGGUUGCCAUCCUAUUAUUUAAGAGCGGUUAAACCACAAAAUUAGCUUAACAUCA